GAAAAUGGGUUCCCUUAAUUCUUCUUCUUCCCCAUUUUCUUCACUCCAAAUCUUGCCUUCAUCUUCAUCUCCAUCUCCAUCUUCAAGCUUAGUGAAAUUCAAAGCUGUUUUGCAGACUCUCAUUCUUUCUCUAGCUAGAGCUAUCUCCCGAGCCAAAACGACGGCGUUUCACAUCUUAAAACAAGCCAACCAUCAAUACGCCAUAGCUUUGAAGAGGAACAAGAAGAAGCUUCUUUAUGGCUCCUUUAGACUUCACUACAAUUGGUGCUCUGUUUCUUCUAAUUAUUAUAAUUCUCACGUGACUCCGCCAGUGAUCACGUGGGACCAUGAAUACUCCGGCGGCGGCGGCGGCGGCGGUGACCAGCUUGGUGGGUAUUUGGAGUGGCUGGAGGAGAGAGAGAAUAAUAAUAAGAUUAAAAAUGAAGAGGGUGUUAAUGAAAUUGAUAAAUUGGCUGAGAUUUUUAUUGCAAGGUCUCAUGAGAAAUUCAAGCUUGAAAAACAAGAGUCUUAUCGGAGAUUUCAAGACAUGAUUGGCUAGAAGCUUCUAACCAUUUUGUUAAAAAUAUAUAUAUUUGGUGUUUCAUUGUUUUAACCUCUCUUUAAAUGUAGAGGAUGAUCACGGAUGAGGAUGAUGGAGUUGGAAUGGUGAUGUAAUUUGUUUCAAUUUUUAUUUUUUUUCUUUCAUUAAACAUGGAUAUGAAAAUUAGACGUUUUUCGAAGU